GGCUCGACAGCGGGCACCGCGUCAUCUGGCAAGGCAGUGGGCUCCGAGUCAACAGGCACGACAGUGAGCACCGGGGCAUCAGGUACCGGAUUGUCUGGCUCGACAGCGGGGCAUCGGGUCACCAGGUAUGACAGCGGGCACUGGGUCACCAGGCAUCAGGUCAUUUGGCUUGUCAGCGGGCACCGCGUCAUCUGGCAAGGCAGUGGGCUCCGAGUCAACUGGUAUGACCGCGGCACUGGGUCAGACAUUGGAUCGUCUGACUGGACAGCGGGCACUGGGUCACCAGGCAUCAGGUCAUUUGGCUCGACAGCGGGCACCGCGUCAUCUGGCAAGGCAGUGGGCUCCGAGUCAACAGGCACGACAGUGAGCACCGGGGCAUCAGGUACCGGAUUGUCUGGCUCGACAGCGGGCAUCGGGUCACCAGGCAUCAGGUCAUUUGGCUUGUCAGCGGGCACCGCGUCAUCUGGCAAGGCAGUGGGCUCCGAGUCAACUGGUAUGACCGCGGGCACUGGGUCAGACAUUGGAUCGUCUGACAGAGGUGUGUGACUGAAGCAGGGAAACGCAGACCUCAGAU